AAAGAACUUCAAAGCCAUCAGAAAACCCUGGAGUAAAGGGAUUGGAGAGAGAGAAAAAUCAAGGCUCUCAUCUUGAUCUUUGAAGGAUUGUGGAUAUAUUUCCCAUUGGUGAUUUGGAGAUUGGACAUCUGUUCUGACAGAUGGCCCUGGGAAUGGGAGUGCAUGGCUGGGCUCUGCUUCUUCUUUCUGUUACCGCGGCAUCCAAGCAGGCUUUACACAGGAUCUCUCUGAAGAAAAUGCCCUCCAUCAGAGAGACUUUACAGGACAUGGGGGUCACCCCAGAAGAGAUCUUUGCACAGCUGAUCCAGAAGAGGGGUGACCCCACACCUAGCAAUGGCACAGUCCCUACCCCGCUAACCAACUAUCUGGAUACUCAGUACUUUGGGGAGAUAAGUAUAGGGUCUCCUGCUCAGAUGUUCAAUGUGGUGUUUGACACAGGCUCGGCCAAUCUGUGGAUUCCGUCAAAUAACUGCUCCCCACUUUACACAGCUUGUGAUAUUCAUAACAGGUAUGAUGGAUCUAAAUCUCACACACAUAUACAGAAUGGCACAGGUUUCUCUAUCCAGUAUGCCUCUGGGAAUGUGCGAGGUUUCCUGAGCGAGGAUGUGGUCGUGGUGGGGGGAAUCCCAGUGGUGCAGGUGUUUGCGGAGGCCACGGCACUUCCAGCUAUCCCAUUUGUUUUUGCCAAGUUUGAUGGCGUGCUGGGAAUGGGCUACCCUGAUGUGGCCAUUGAUGGCAUUACACCAGUGUUUGACCGCAUCAUGUCCCAGCACAUACUCAAAGAGGAGGUCUUCUCUGUGUACUACAGCAGAGAUCCAAAGCGAAUGCCUGGUGGAGAGCUUGUUCUCGGUGGGACAGAUCCUAGCUAUUACACAGGGUCCUUCAGCUACCUUGAUACCAAGGAGGAGGGGAAGUGGGAGGUCAGCAUGAAAGGAGUGUCUGUGGGCACAGAUGUGUUGUUCUGUAAGGAGGGAUGCACAGCUGUGAUUGACACCGGCACCUCCUACAUCACAGGCCCCGCCUCAUCAAUCUCUGUUUUGUUGAAGACAAUUGGUGCCACUGAACUGGCAGAGGGUGGGUACACAGUGAACUGUGAUCUGGUCAAAUCCCUACCCAGCGUGACCUUCCAUCUCGGAGGUCAGGAAUAUCCACUCACAGAAGAGGACUACAUUCUCUGGCAAUCGCAGUAUGGAGUGGACACCUGCACUGUCACGUUCAAAAGCCUUGACGUUCCACCCCCAACUGGCCCCAUGUGGAUCCUGGGGGCUAACUUCAUUGCCCGCUACUACACUGAGUUUGAUCGACAUAACAAUCGAAUAGGCUUUGCUACAGCUGUGUGACAGACAUGCCUGAUAUUUUUGCGUGUGACUUUUUGUGUCAUUUGUCUUGCAGUUCUAUGUCUCUCUUCCUUGAGUCUUUGCUAUACUUAUUGUGCCUAAUGAGGCUCCGAAAACACAAGUAAUAGCUUUUAAAUCAUAUAUUACUCACAAUGUUAACACUGGAUUGAAAGACUUUAGUUUGUUGAUGUUAGAGCAGACAGUGAGGCAAAGGUGUCUAUCCAUAAUUUACUGUCUCUUAAGCUAAGUUUGUCAGGGAAAAAAAUACCCAGAAAUGCUAUACACCUACUGCCAACAAAUUUAAUAUUGCAGUGCAGUGCAGUGACGUGUCUUGUUAAAGAAUAAAACUUUUUGUUAGUGUUCAUAAGGCUGUGAGCUUUUCCGUCAUUCAAACAGACUAAAUUCCUCUAUUGAUUGCACUAAAAUGUCUGAAUGGAUGCUAAUGUUGUUGUACACUUUUAAUUUCAAUUAGGUAAUUUUGCCAGAUGCAAUGGUGUAAUGAAAGAAUAAAGUUGCCCAACACUCUG